CAAUGGAAUUAAACAAAAAUGCAUGAAAAAUUUGGCAAGAACCAAGGGAAAAACGUUGUUUUAAGAAGCAAAGUUUGUGCCUCUCAUUUCAUCGGCAUUGUAAAUGACACACCUAGCUAGCUAUAAUUAAGGCGUUACUACAUGGUAAUUUUAGGCGGCUCCUGGAGAUCCCAACAUCUGCAUUGUCCGCACAUUCACAUUCGAGACUGGUGUUAAGCACUCAGCGAUGCCCCACAGCUAGAGUAUCCGUUCCACCUCACCCAGCUCGUGUCACACUAAGGCGGGGUGGACAAAAUACCGCCUGCAGGCGGCACUCGGGAACUCUGGCCCAUAGCACUUCCCUCUGCCCCGCCGCCCCUCGCAGGCGCACAACAUCCCACGCCACGCCACGCCACCGCCGCAGCCCUACCCCAACUGCACAUGCGCGCCGCGCCUGUAGGUCGUGUGACCCAGGCACAAUUGCCACGUCCGCUCAUUCUGGCGGGCGUGUAUACGUCAUUAGGUCGCGCCGAGGGUGAUGCCGGAAGUAAACGCCGCCAGCUGUUCCUCUCUUGUGGGGAUGUGACAACACAAAAACAGAAAAAGAGAAAUAUGGAAAAGCAAAAAGAUUUGUCUGACUCAGUGGCAUAUGCUCAUGAAUUAAGUAAAAUAAUGGCAGCUACUGAGAAGCACAAUUCUGUGGAACCUGGAAUCUCAAAACUACAGUUUGUUCCCUUUACUAGUGCCUUGGAUGCACGAUUUUGGCAUGAAUUGACCCAGAAGAAACUCAAUGAAUACAGAUUAGAUGAGUCUCCAAAAGUUAUCAAAGGAUAUUAUUAUAAUGGUGAUCCUGUUGGUUUGCCAGCUCGUUUAACACUGGAAUUUAGUGCCUUUGAUGUGAAUGCUGUGACCCCAGCACGCUGCUGUCCUGCAAUUGGAACACUCUACAACACCAACACUUUUGAAUCCUUCAAAUCCUGUGAUAAGAAAUUGCUUUUGGAAAAAGCAGCCAAUGAGAUAUGGGAGGCAAUAAAAUCAGGGACUGCUCUUGAAAACCCUAUGCUCUUGAAUAAAUUUAUGCUGCUGACUUUUGCUGAUUUAAAAAAAUAUCAUUUCUAUUACUGGUUUUGCUACCCUGCACUCUGCUUCCCAGAUGGGAUACCAGUUGUGCAACAGCCAGUUCCUUUGGGGGAAAGGUUCUCUCCAAGUCAGAUUCAAGUACUCCAGAAGGCAUAUGAUAAACUUUGCCAGAAAGAAGGAGUUACAGCUUUGCCUUGCUUUUUAAUCAAGUAUCACAAUAAUUCUGUUUUGAUGUCCCUGCUUAAAAAUUGGAAUGAAUUUUUCCAAGAUCCAGGGGAGAAGGUGACAAUUGGAAUUUAUGAUCCAGGCAAUUUUGUCCAGUAUCCAGGAUGGCCGCUUAGAAAUAUACUGGUCCUGGUAGCCCAGAGAUGGGGUAGUCAUCUCCAUUCAAUUGAAGUGCUCUGCUUCAGAGACAGGACCAUGCAAGGGGUAAGAGAUGUAACGCACAGUAUCCUCUUUGAAAUAAAGCUUUCACAGCUGGCGCUGAGUCCAGUAGAUUGUCCAAAAGCUGUUGGAUGGGAGAAGAACCAAAAAGGAGGCAUGGGUCCAAGAAUGGUGAAUCUUAGUGAAUGCAUGGAUCCUAAAAGGUUAGCUGAGUCGUCAGUAGAUCUUAAUCUCAAACUGAUGUGCUGGCGGCUGGUGCCUACACUGGACUUGGAGAAGGUUGUAUCUGCUAAGUGUCUGCUGCUUGGAGCUGGUACGCUCGGGUGUAGCGUUGCCAGAACUUUAAUGGGCUGGGGAGUCAGGAAGAUUACAUUUGUUGACAAUGCAAACAUUUCCUAUUCCAAUCCUGUACGACAGCCAUUAUACGAGUUUGAAGACUGUCUCAGUGGUGGGAAGCCUAAAGCACUUGCAGCAGCAGACAGACUACAAAAAAUAUUCCCAGGAGUGAAUGCAAAAGGAUUUAAUAUGAGUAUCCCUAUGCCGGGUCACCCAGUGAAUUUUUCCAAAGUAACAAUGGAACAGGCUCAAAAAGAUGUGGCACAGCUUGAGCAACUCAUUGAUGCUCAUGACAUUGUUUUCCUGUUAAUGGACACGAGAGAAAGUCGAUGGCUUCCUGCUGUCAUUGCAGCCAGUAAGAGAAAGUUGGUCAUCAAUGCUGCACUGGGAUUUGACACAUUUGUUGUGAUGAGACAUGGACUAAAAAAACCGAAACAGCAGGAACCUGGUGAUUCAUGUUCCAGUAGUAUCACAAGCUCUGCUGAUCUCUUGGGAUCAUCACUCUUUUCAAAUAUCCCUGGUUAUAAGCUUGGCUGUUAUUUCUGCAAUGAUGUUGUGGCACCAGGAGAUUCCACCAGGGAUCGGACACUGGAUCAGCAGUGCACGGUCAGCCGACCAGGGUUAGCCAUGAUAGCUGGAGCCCUUGCGGUAGAGUUAAUGGUUUCUGUUUUACAGCAUCCAGAAGGUGGUUAUGCUGUUGCUAGCAGCAGUGAUGACAGAAUGAAUGAACCACCUACCUCUCUUGGGCUCGUGCCUCAUCAGAUUCGUGGAUUUUUAUCAAGAUUUGAUAACGUCCUUCCUGUGAGCCUGGCAUUUGACAAGUGCACAGCCUGCUCUCCCAAAGUCCUUGAUCAAUACGAACACCAAGGGUUCAAUUUCCUAGCAAAAGUUUUUAAUUCCUCACAUUCCUUCUUGGAGGAUCUGACAGGUCUGACUCUACUACAUCAGGAGACUCAGGCUGCUGAGGAACCUUUGAGAGUUCUGAGAGAGAGAGAGGAAAAAAAUCAUGGACUUCCAAGACAAGAUCUGGGACAUGAGUGAUGAUGAAACAGUUUGAAAGCCAAGUGAAUGAAGCGGAAGAUGGCCUACUUAGAUCUGUAUUGCUGUCUUUUAUCUGUCACUUGAUUUUUUAUAUAUUCUGACAGUUACAAAUAUAACUCUCAUCUUUGAUAUGAAUGGAACAUUAUCUUAACCUGAAAAGCAGUUCUGUUGUGGGUGCGAGUCUCCUCAUAUUUCCAUAUUUAUUGUAUGCAGGACCUAACUAGAGCAACGUGGUUAUAUUUAAAUGCCCAGUUUCUAUUUUUUCAGUUACUAAAUAUAGCUGGCAUACAUUUAGCCACUUAAAUAACUUCCAGUGUGUUUUCAUUUGUCCAUUUUCAUUGUAUCGUCAAUAGACCUGCCUAAAUAAUAUUGUCUUUUCUUCCAAAGAAGUAGUGUCAUUUUAUAAAUAGUUAAUAUUCAGAUUAUGAUAAUAUUUUCUUACAGCAGGUAAUUAAAUUACAUUGUUAUUUAAAGGAGCUGGGGUAGAAGAUGAGGUGGGUGAGUAAUUAAAAAUCCACCUACACCAAUUUUUUUACUGUGUCACAGAUUGUGUUUAUAACAUGCCCCUUAUCAUAUGAUAAUAGCAGGGUUUCUGUCUGUGCAGAUGGGAGCAACAGUUUUAAAUCUUAUUAAAGCUCUGUUAAGACCAGUAUUUUAGCAUGUUUCUGCACUGUGGAUAAAACAUUGUUUGAGCCUUACCUGGCAAGGAAGAACAGGGUUGGGGAUUCAAACAUUUAUAAAGGGAGCCAUUACAUAAUAACUCUUUUAGAGAAGGGUCUUUGGCUCGAUAAAGGCUGUAGAAAGAGUUUCUCUAACUCUUGUCAUUCUUAGAUGCUGUCAUUCAGUACUUCCCUGGGGCUCAAUAAAGCCCUAAUCUCAAAUCUGCUUGGUGAGUCUUUCAGUUUUAUACUUUGUAGCACCCAGAAGGGCUCCACAGAUGACUAGUUCUGCACAGAGCAUCACUGGAAAACCACUGAGAAAAGUUAUGGUUGUGAAAAGCAGAAUUUUAAAAUACCAAAGUAUGUUACUAUCCCAAAUCAAAUUUAUUGUUUUUCAUCUUGGUCUAAGUAAAUGAUAAUAAUAAUAACAACAUUAUUUUCCAUCUUAAGUCUAGUUUUUUUUUUUAAGUGAUCCAUGCAUUGCUUUGGAUUUGUCCAACCAUUCUUUCCUCAGUGUAUCAGGAAGAUCAGUAUAUCCAAUAAUUACGUUGUCUUCCUUCAGUUAAGAUAGAAUCCCUGGUUAUGUAAGUCACAUCAAUUUGUUUGGCCAGCUAAGCUGAUAUAUCCUCUGGUAUUCCAUAGAAAUAGAAGCACUAUAAGAUCUACCUAGGGCAGAGUGCAAUCCCCACUCAUGCAUUAUGGUUUUGAAUGAAGAUGUAUUGAAAUAGCUAGCUCUCAGCAUGAGAUGUUUAUAAAGUGUUCUCUUGUUUGUACCACUAUGAAAAAUCUCCGCAUUCAAGUUUGCAUUUUUUCCCAAGUGACCAUACAGGAAUGUCUCAUCUAGGUAGCUCCAAUGUAAUAUAAAUAUAUUCUUAUAAUCUAGUUAGAAAGAAAAGUCCUUAGUCUUAAAUAUAUUUUUGAAAAAGGAAGAUUAAUGAUGAAAUAGAAUCUGACAUCUUGAUGAUCUGAAAAAAAACAGUAAGACUGGGAAAAUUCACUGUGCAUUUGUAUACAUGGAAAAUGAUCUUUCAAUGGACAAACAAAAUACAUUUCAGAAAUAAGGCUAAAACACCUGAUUUCUCCUGCAUUCAAACCAUUCUGAAUUGUUAUUUUAUUCAUACCAUUAUCAGAGAAAUUAAUUUUAUAAAGCCUCAGUACUAUGGCAGCUGUCAGAGACCAGCCUAUAUAUGUUUCAUAGUUACUGAGAUAGUGACAUGCAAAAAUCUAUUUUGCGGUUGUGCAAUUUUAAUAAUCUGAAACUUGAAAAAUGGCUCCUGUGCCCCAGAGUUUACUAACAUGGAAAAGUCUUUUGGAUAUAUGAAACCUUGUCCAAACUACAGUUGUAGUAUAGUCUUACAAAUCUACAGUUGUACUGUAUUCUUACAAAUCUCCGAAUCUCUCCGAAUCGAUUUGGAGGGUUCUGAUUCGAUUCAGAGAGAUUAAAGGUUCUGGUUCUGAUUCUAUUCAGAUUCAUAGAUUUGGCCACCAAAUCAGGCCAAAUCUUCACCAAAUUGAAUCAGGGACUGAAGCUUCACACAGCCCUAGUAAGUAUCCAUUUAACUACCGCAGUAUGCAAGAUCUAGAGUAGGGAUGUGCAAAGCUUCAGUUGCUGAUUUGAUUUGGAGAAGAUUUGGCCCAAUUCAGCGGCUGAAUCAUCGAAUUGGGAGACCCAUUAAAAGCUCUGAAUCAAUUUUGAA